AUGCCUCCUCAACCACCCGCUCCUCCCGUCUUCUACUCUUUCCCCAAAGUAGACGUUUUACAAGACUCCCUCGCUAACUUCGUCGUCAAAGCUCAGAGAGACGCCGUAGAGAAAAGAGGGAAAUUCACCAUCGCCCUAUCGAGAGGAAGUUUAGCUGCUAAUUUAAAGGGGUUGGUUGGACAGGAGAACGUACAGUGGGAUAAGUGGGAAGUAUUCUUCUGUGACGAAGCAGCCGUACCACUCGACUCUGAAGAUUCAAAUUACCAUUCCAACAUUCUCUCUUUCCUUUCCGACGUUCCCAUACCCGCCGGACAAAUUCACACCAUCGAUGCCAACCUGUUGGACGACCUGGAAGAAUUAGCCGAUCAGUAUGAGAAACAGCUAAUUGAUCAUUUCGCCAAAUCGAAUGCUGCCAGAUACCCAACUUUCGAUCUGAUGCUUUUGGGUAUAGGACCUGAUGGUGAGACUGCCUCUUUGUUCCCUGGACAUGAACUUUUGUCGGAAAGAGAUGCCUGGGUUGCAUAUCUGGAUGAUGCACCAAGAGGUCCAAAGAGAAGGAUCACCAUGACCCUCCCCGUCCUCACACACUGCUAUCGGGCGGUAUUUGUCGUGUCGGGAAAUGAAAAGGCAGAAAUGUUACAUGCCAUACUUGAUAGACCGGAGGAAGGAUUACCUUGUUCAAGAGUCAGACCUGCUUCCCCCGGAUUAGUAUUCUUCUUCGCUGAUUCUGAAGCUGCUGGACUUACCAAGUAUCCCCCAACGGCAUUCAGAUGGAUCGAUAACGAGAAGGAAGCUGAGGAAGCUGUAGCUGCUGCUAAGAGAAAGGCGGCUAGGAGAGCAGCUGAAGAGGGUGGGGAGUAG